GCCCAAGUGCUCGAAAUAAUCCCCGACGUUCUUCCGGCGCACGUCUUCUCGCUUGUGGAGCAACACUAUCCAAGCUUCAAGGAGAAGGUCGUCGAGUCCGUCCUCCACCUGUUGUUUGAAGACCCAGGAUACCCCAAGAUCGAGGCGAAGGGGAAAGGCAAGCGGACACACGAAGAUGAUGAUGUCACAACCAGCGCCGGGCGCUCGGUGAAGACGCGUGUUGACUACGGGGACAAGAAUCGAAGAGCGGAAAAGUCAGCGUUCUAUUUGGACCUCGCAAUCUCGCAGCUGGAGAAAGACUUCCCUCAAACUCCCACGGCGUACCUCCGCGCAAUUCUCCAGGACAACAACAACCUAUACGCCCCUGCGUACCUCAUGCUCCUUGAGCGCCACAAUUUGGCACCCCUGCCCUUCAAGCGACUAUCGCGCCCUCGGACGAAGGGCAAGGGCAAGGCCCGCCAACGCUUUGAUCCAGAGCUUAGCGCUGAGCUCCGUUGGAUCCAGGGGAGGGAAGAAGUGCACGAGGUACAGCGCGCAACGGAGAUCCCAGAGGAACAGGCGAUGCUCGAGGAAGACAGCAUCGAGUGCGGGUGCUGCUUCACCGACUAUCCCUUCUCCAAGAUGGUGCAGUGUCCCGAGGCGCAUCUGUUCUGCAUGUCAUGCAUGACGACGUACGCGGAAACGAAACUCGGCGAGCACGACGCGCACAUCGUCUGCAUGGACCAGUCUGGGUGCAAGUUACCGUUCCCGGACUCGGAGCUCCGUCGGUUCCUGACGCCGAAGUUGCUCGAGCUCUACGAGCGCAUCCAGCAGCGGAAGGAGAUCGAGGCCGCCGGGCUCGAGGGUCUCGAGGAGUGUCCGUUCUGCGAGUACAAGGUCGUGAUCGAGAACGAGCACGAGCGCCUCUUCCGGUGCGACAACACGGAGUGCGGUGCGGUGACGUGUCGACAGUGCAAGAAGCUGGACCACCUCCCGAAGAGCUGCCAAGCAGAAGUCGACGACGACAAGAAGCUGGACGCCCGGCACACGGUCGAGGAAGCGAUGACUGCCGCGCUCAUGCGCAACUGUCCCCGAUGCAAGAAAGCAUUCGUCAAAGAGAUGGGGUGCAACAAGAUGACCUGCCCGCACUGCCGCACGUUGUCGUGCUACGUGUGCCGCAAAGUCAUCACAGGCUACGAGCACUUCAACAACCCACAGGGCGGAGGCCGAGUGGACCCCAAGAAGUGCCCACUGUGGGACGCAUCUGGGAAUGUCGAAACGCGGCACAACGACGAGGUCGCCGCCGCCGCAAGGCGAGCCGCCGAAGAGUACAAGCGCGCGCACCCCGACGUCGACGAGCGCGAUCUUGCGGUCGACCUCCCGCCCCCUCCCGCUCUCCCGCCCCCGCCA